AUGUGGUCGUCCCCCUUUUUGAAGGGAUCGAUUAAGGUUGGUGAGGCAGAUCAUAGAAGCUACCAGACUCCCGCCGAUGCUUCAGGGCCUAGGAAACGCAAAGAUGCACCGGAUUCUUCAGCCAGCAGCCAGAGGGGCGCUAGCAAUGGACGUAUCAAACGCGUCAAGACACAAAUGGCGCGGUCGAUCCUAGCCCAGAAUGCGGAUUCAGCACUCAAGAAUGGAGAGUUAGACCUUCAAAAUUUCCUCAAGUCGCGCGAGUUCGAGAUCAAGUCCCUGGAGGAUGGUAUGAAACGGUCCAAAGCCUCUCGGACGGCCCGAGCGUUCCAACAGGUCCCACGGGAUAUGAGAAGGAGGACCGCGAGCCACAAUGUCAAGAGGGUGCCGAAGCGGUUGCAGAGGAGGGCAAAGAGGGAAAUGAUAGAGGACAAUACGCCGACUGUCACAGCUGCCAAGAGGGGCCCCAGAAGUACGAGAGGGAGAAUCCGAGCGGAGACUGCGAAACGACUCGGAAUACUUGCGGAGAAGAAGAGGGCGAGGAAGGCGGCGAGUGGAGGGGAAACGGAGGCUGCUGGUAUCACUACGAGAGCUGCGCGACCGAAGAUACGGAAAGACAAGUUGAAUGACCCACCGAAGCCAAAGGCAAAGUUCAGGAAACGUCAGAUUCACAAGACGUGGCUACCAACACAUCUGUGGCAUGCCAAGAGGGCGAAGAUGACCGAACCAAAGAAACCACUGUGGAGAUUCGCGGUGCCCAUCACAUCGACGGAGAAGUCCUACCGCCCAACACACAGAGCUGGAGGGGUGCGAGGUGCCAUUGCUUGGGAUAUGAGUUACAUGAGCACAAUUGGUCUCGAGGGUCGAGUAGAGGGUUUAGAGAAGGUUCUGAGAGGACUAGGAGUGACUGAACAAGGAGUAUGGGAAAAGAAAGGAGAGAAAUGGAGAUCUGGUAAACGAAGCUGGAGUGGAUGGCUAAGCAGAGAUUCCAAAGGGCAACGUCUACAGAUUGGUCCUUCAACAAUUGUUUGGUGUACCUCAGAGCAAGAUGCUGCAAGCGAAGCUGCUGUCGAUAAGCCGAAGAAGCCAAUGCGACGCCUUUUCAUCAGAGUUCAUCCUUCUGCGUUUCUUGAGUUGUGGACCGAAGUGCUUCGCUUGUCAAAGCUUCAACGUCCUGCAGUCCACGCUGAGGACCUCCGUUUUGAGAUUGGAAGCAUUGAAAUCACAGGUCCUGGUUCAACUGAAGCGUUGCUUGGGAUUUUACAUCCGUAUCAGAAUCCCGAAGGAGACAUCUCAGAAGCUCAUGGUCAGGCUUUUAGGUCUCUGGCAGGAGUUACUAAUCCAGGAUCUCUACCCUCGAAUUCCUUAUUGACAUUCUCGAUCAUGGAUCCCAGACUACGUUAUCCACCCCGGCCAGUAUCACUACCUCAACCAACAGAUGAAGAAGCCAAUUUUGCACUUCUCCAGACUUUGUCUACCUGGCCGGUUGAUACACAUCUUGCUUCACCAGCCCUAUUUGAUCGAAACGCAAGGUUUAAAGCCACCCGCCUUCCCUCCCAAAAGUCCAUCAAUCGCCGCAAAGCUCUGGCUCCUCCAGGAUCCUACCCUUCUAUAGUUGCAACCGACCCCCAAAUACCCAUUAUGCUUCUCGCAUCUCGUUCUAUAUCCGGAUCUUCCUCGCAAGGAACCUGGACCCUUCUCGCGCCUUGGAAAUGCAUACUACCAAUCUGGUACGGCUUGGUGCACUAUCCACUAUCCUCCGGAGGGAAUCCACGGUUCGGUGGCCUGGACGAGCUGCGACAGAUCCAUUUCGAACAGGGUGUCCCGUGGUUUCCAGCCGAUUAUCCUGGUACUGCUGCCGGGUCUGCGUGGGCAGCGGACGAGAGAGACAAGAAGUUCGCUGAAUGGGACAGGAGGCCAAAAGGGAAGAGAGUCGAAUGGGAUUCUCUCGAUCUGGGUGCUGGGAGGAAGGGGGAGAUCGGACGAGGAUGGUGCUGCGACUUUGAGAGGAUUGUUGUUGGAUCAAUGCCAUCAAAUGAUGGCGGCAAGUCUGCGGAGACUACGCAGGACACCCAGAAGACUCCAGAUCAUGACACCACUGCAGGCGCUGCAGGAUUGAUUAAGCACCUCCCGACCCAAGAGUUUACCUCCUUGCUAUCAACCCCUCAUGCAGAUCUACCACCACCUUCGGCAGUCGCUGCUGUCCGCAUCACGCUCGUCUCCCGCGGCGUUGCAACACCAUGUGCCCGGAUUUAUCGUCUACCCGUCCCCGCGUCAUCGCAAGAACCAUCUUCAGCCAGCUCCCUCCCAACAAGCCUGCGCCAGCAGUGGCUCUCCCUGUUACCGGCCCCCUCCAAAUCCAAGCCGCCCCCGAACCCGAAAUCGAAAGACCUCCAGGGGAGGAUCACACGCAUCCCUCUGAAUACCCCCUUGCCGCAGCGUGUCCGCCUGCUUGCACAGUCGCUGCUGCAGACGCCGCCGUGGCCCUACCCUGCCGAGAAGAAGACGGGGGAAGAAGAAGAAGAACACCCGCUUGUGCCCGGCGAGGAAGACCUCGUUGGGUUUGUUACCACGGGCGAGUUUAACCUGGCGGAAGGGAAGGGCGUGGCUAUGGGGACUGUGAUAGUAGCAAAGGCCGUUGAGGGGCUGAGAUGGGGAAUCGAGUUGGGUGAUAAAGCGGGCAAGCUAUGUAUCGUAAGGAAUGCAGGCGAAAGGAUUGGGAGAUUGGCACGGUGGGAAGCGGUAUAA